GCGCGGCGCGGUGCUCACGGCCUGGAGUUCUGGCCCCGCAGCGCCCGCCGCGAACCUUGCACCGGCGCGGCCCGGCCUGGCCCCAUGUAUCGCGCUCUGUACGCUUUCCGCUCGGCGGAGCCCAACGCGCUGGCGUUCGCCGCGGGCGAGACCUUCCUGGUGCUGGAACGCAGCAGCGCGCACUGGUGGCUGGCGGCGCGAGCGCGCAGUGGCGAGACGGGAUACGUGCCGCCCGCUUACCUGCGCCGCCUGCAGGGCCUGGAGCAGGAUGUCCUCCAGGCCAUUGACCGGGCCAUCGAGGCUGUGCACAACACAGCCAUGCGGGAAGGUGGCAAGUACAGCCUGGAACAGCGUGGAGUCCUCCAAAAGCUGAUCCACCACCGGAAAGAGACCCUUUCUCGGAGAGGUCCCUCCGUCUCCAGUGCUGCAGCUAUGACUCCGUCCACCAGUGACCACCAUCUGGAUGCUGCUGCUGCCAGACAGCCCAAUGGGAUGUGUCGAGCCGGGUUUGAGCGGCAGCAUAGCCUGCCCAGUUCUGAGCAUCUUGGGGCAAAUGGAGGCUUCUACCAGAUCCCACCACAGCCUCACCGAGUAGCACCCGCCACACCACCUCCACCUGUGAAGCGCCGAGACCGCGAGGGCCUGGUGACCUUGGGGAGUGGUGGCCACAACACCACGCCCUCUGGGUGUAGUUCUGUGUCCAGCAGCUCAUCAGUCAGCAGCACCUCCCUGGACACACUCUAUACUGGCUCCAGCCCAUCUGAGCUGGGCCCCAGCUGCUCACCCAUGCCCCCACCUGUGCCCCGUCGAGGCAGCCAGACCACCGUGUCCCAAGCCCAGCCCCCUCCCUCCAAAGCACCAGCCCCUGAACCACCUGCAGCUGAUGUGGCAGUUGGUAAAACCUCAGCCCCUGAUGACCUGGAGGACCUGGGUGCACUGAGCCUGGGGACCACAGAGGAGAAGGCAGUGGCUGAGACGGCUGUGCCGAGGACCAUUGGGGCAGAACUGAUGGAGCUGGUGCGGAGAAACACCGGCCUGAGCCACGAACUAUGCCGUGUGGCCAUCGGUGUCGUAGUGGGUCACAUCCAGGCCUCUGUGCCGGCCAGCUCAGCUAUCAUGGAGCAAGUCCUCCUGUCACUGGUAGAGGGCAAGGACCUGAGCACGGCCCUGCCCUCAGGGCAGGUCUGCCAUGACCAGCAGAGGCUGGAGGUGAUCUUUGCAGACCUGGCUCGGAGGAAGGACGACGCCCAGCAGCGUAGCUGGGCCCUGUAUGAGGACGAGGGUGUCAUCUGCUGCUACCUGGAGGAGCUGCUGCAUAUUCUGACAGAUGCAGACCCUGAAGUUUGCAAGAAAAUGUGCAAGAGAAAUGAGUUCGAGUCUGUCCUGGCCUUAGUGGCCUAUUAUCAAAUGGAACACCGAGCCUCACUGCGGCUGCUGCUCCUCAAGUGCUUUGGCGCCAUGUGCAGUCUGGACGCGGCCAUUAUCUCCACGCUUGUGUCAUCUGUGCUGCCUGUGGAGCUAGCGCGGGACAUGCAGACGGACACACAGGACCACCAGAAACUCUGUUAUUCCGCCCUCAUCCUGGCCAUGGUCUUCUCCAUGGGGGAGGCAGUGCCCUACGCACACUAUGAACACCUGGGCACACCUUUUGCCCAGUUCCUGCUGAGCAUCGUUGAGGAUGGGCUGCCCUUGGAUACCACAGAGCAGCUGCCGGACCUCUGUGUGAACCUGCUUCUGGCUCUCAACCUGCACCUGCCAGCCCCUGACCAAAAUGUCAUCAUGGCUGCCCUGAGUAAACAUGCCAAUAUCAAGAUCUUCUCUGAGAAGCUGCUGUUGCUCCUGAACAGAGGAGAUGACCCUGUGCGCAUCUUCAAACAUGAGCCACAGCCGCCACACUCCGUCCUCAAGUUCCUGCAGGACGUGUUCGCCAGCCCUGCCACGGCUACCAUCUUCUACCACACAGACAUGAUGGCACUCAUUGACAUCACUGUGCGACACGUUGCAGACCUGUCACCCGGAGACAAGCUGCGCAUGGAGUACCUCUCCCUGAUGCAUGCUGUGGUUCGCUCCACAUCCUACCUGCAGCAUUGCCACCGGCUGCCUGACCUGCAGGCCACACUGCGACGCAUCCUGACUGAGGAGGAGGCCUCGCCCCAGUGCCAGAUGGACCGUAUGAUUGUUCGAGAGAUGUGCAAGGAAUUCCCAGUGCUGGGGGAGGCCCCCAGCUAACACCUUCCUUUUUCCUUCCCUGCAGCCCUGGUUAGGGUGCAGGGGACUCAGGGCUUGGUCCUAAGAAUGUUUUACACUGAGAGUGUGUUGUGGCGAAAGGGACUGAGCAGGGCCCCCAUCUGAAGCAGAGCUAGUGCAAGGGGUCAAGUGUUGGGGACCACAGUCUGGGAGCUGUACUGGGGCAGGGGGAAUGUGCAAGCUGAGUUCCCUCUAUCCCCCAGUAGGCCGCCUCUUCAGCAUGCUGCCCACCCUCCAUCCCAUGCCCACAUGCACACUCAGAGUCCUGCUGCUGCUCCAGGCUGGGCCAGAGCCCCCAUUCUGCACCCCACCUGAUCUGUGUCCCGGGCCUCAGCGAGUCAUGUCCUUGGGGUGAGGGGAGGCACCUCCCACUAGCUCUGUUCUUUGCCUUAGCUUCGUAAUGAGUGCUGCUCAUGUGCUCUGCCUACCCCCAUAGGGAUUGCUGCCCCUCACUCCCACCCCCAGAGGCCUUGGUCGAGCUGCUGCUUUGAAAGCAGGAUCUUGGAGACAGGCCAUUCAUCCUGGAGCCUCACGGAAUGGGAUGGUGGCACUGAGAAAGCCAAUGACAGAAUCUAUUUUCUUUGUAAAAAUGCAGACUGAAAAGCCAUGUGUAUUUUCCUAUGUGCUACAGCUCACCUUUGGAAAUAAAUCACAGGCAUCUGGAAA